AUGAUUCCUAUGCCUUAUAGUCAAUUGUUAUCUCAGUUGCUCGAGCUUUCGUUAGUGGAAACCAAGCAGUUAGAUCCUGUUAUUCCUCCUUAUCCGGUAAAAUUUGAUCCCAACGUCAGAUGUGAUUACCAUGUUGGGGCACCUGGUCACUCAAUUGAAGACUGUAAGCCAUUCAGAGAUAAGGUGUUUCUAAGCUUUUAUGUUUCAAGGAAAUUGAGGAAAUCUGUAGAAUUUAAAAAGACUACUCUAAAAUCUUCCCUGAAAGUCGUGUAUGGUGAUGAAUUUUGGGGUCCUGAGAUCGUCAGGGUAUUUAGCCCACAAGGUGAUUUUUUUUGCCUUAUUGAUGUGGAGUAUUGGGGUGUCCCGUCUUUGCCUUAUUUGUCUGUCUAUGCUCAAGGACAAGGACCGCCUCCAAUGGUGGAGGAACGUUUCCAGAUUGUUAUAAGUCAGCGUUUCCAAUAUAGAAUAAUCUAUCAUGGUGGAGCAAUUGAUGAUGAUAUGGCAAAUAUCAGUGUUUCACAUGUCCUUUAUCUUUACGUUGUUGAUCCAAAUAAGGUUCCAGUUGCUUUACCUAUAAUUUUUGAGCCGGUGGAUGCGGACGAGCAUACACAGUGUGUUGGGUCUCAUGUUGCAAGUUUACAAAGUGUGUUGGGUUGGUAUAUUUCAUAUUCCAUGUUCUGA